AUGUCACAGACCGCCUCAGUUGUCAUCCCGAACUCCUCGCGAGUUGGAAGCGGAACUUACCCAGGAGGCAUGAACAUGUCCCAGCCAAAUCCAUUCUUACAAAGAGACAACACAUUCUCUUCUUCACAGGCGUUAUCGUCGUCAGAACCGACCUUCACUGCUCUACCUGUUCCUCCCUCCCGGGAGCCUCCCCGGGUGACCUCUGUACCUACGCAGCAACAAGUACCAUAUCGGGGCACUAUAUCUCACCAAAACCACCACCAACACCAGGUUUCGGUCUCUUCUCAUACCUCCCACGAAUCGCUUUCACACCGUCGGCGAGGCAGCACCUUGAAGACUGUGAUGCGUAAGAUUUUUGGGAAAAAGAGACAGAGCAUCCUGGAAGGAGACGAAACCGACGACGAUCCAUUGCCGAUGAGAAUAGAAAGGAGCAAUAACAUAGCCGGCGCUCCUGAUCCGAUUUCAAUAGGAAAAGCACGCUCUCGUAACUCCAACAUAUCGCCCUCUGCGUCAAACCAGAAAAGAACCCUGGCCGUUAGUCGCCUCUCGUCCACAUCUUCCGACGGUAUCGCUCAGGAUAGCAAAUUCGAUAUUCCAUAUACCGUUCGACGGAGAGCUACUUUGCCCAGCCUGGUUCUAUCUGACGACGACGGCAACACAAGAGAACGAACCCUAUCAGUCAUUUCCCCCAUCAGCACGCGACCAGUCAGUGCAAUGAGCACAGUAAGUGCCAUCACCGAUAGGCGAGACAACGGCGAUACGCAAUCACUACGUACUCGAAGAGCUUAUCGACGAUCGCGCAGUGCCGACGACCUUCAGGCUUUGAUACGACGUCACCGCAUGUCGCCUAUACAAUGGAGGCGGCGCAGCAAGGAAACCAAAGAAGCCAACGAAACCAAAGACUGGCGAAACAGUGCACUGGAACCGCACGACCAUGUCACAGCGGAUAACUACCAUGACACCAUAGAUACGCCGGAUAACGAGGUCGACCCACCUAGAGACAACAAGACGCCGGGUGCUGACGAGGGAGAUGCAACACCCUCUGACGAAAUGGAACCGCCCCCAUUUCAAGUUCAAAGCUUGAUAGCCAACAUGGCGGAUCCCGACGCUAGUGUCGACCAGAGGUUGACGACUAUAGAGGUCAAACUCAUCGAUUUAGAGUUUGCGAUUGCAAAGAUGCAAGGAAGCAGGAAUGAUCGAUCUACCAAGACGGCGGAAAAUACGCCUGAAAAAGCAAUACUGACGACACAAAACAUAGCCGCCUAUCGCGAUCAACUAUGCGCUGCCAGUGAGACUUCAUCUGAGAGUUCUGCCUCGUUUGGUGGGAAUGGGCGCCCAAUCAGUACGUCGACAUUACGGCCAAGUGUGGCUUUUAGCCAGCCACCUCCUUGGCAAACAGCUUCAUCUUCCAACCUGCAUAGCAUAUCCAUCGAGCAGUAUAGUGCUCUUGUGACUCUGGUUCGACGAGAGCAAACGGCACGAAAAGCCCUAGAGAGCCAAGUAGCACUGCUACAAGAAGAAAUGCACAGUUUACGGCGUUCGUCGGGCUUGCCUGCAUCCCCGCCGGGUACUCUCUACCCUAUCCCUAGUCCUGACUCUGAUGAUGGACGAUUUCGGAGACGAAGAACUCCGAGUUCGCCUCGAAAGGACUCGCAGGCAAGUACCGAUACCAAGAAUUCGGAGCCACGACAGUGGGAUAGCCCCUACAACCAGUCCAGGUCCGACGCUGAGAAGAGAAUUUCACGAAACACGGCUGCCAAUAUGUUUUAA